UCCACAGAUCCUGCCGCAGUGGGGUCCCUCCAGCUCUGCCAGCCUCCGCACGCCCAGCCGCCCCGCUGCCGCCGCCGAGUCGACCUCACCCUCCGCUUGGCGCUUCCCGGCCCAGCGCCGCUGCCCGCCCUCUACGACCCCUGCGACGAGGUAACACGCCCCAAGCAGAGCCUUCGGGCCCUCGGUCCGGAGCGCCGCCCUCCGUGUUCGCCCCCGUGGGUGUGGCCUGGUCUCUCCUUCACCAGCCGCCACAUUUCGGCCUCCUCCAGCUGCCAGUAGCUCCCCGUCCCUGCCCCGAGAUCCAGGGUCACCAAGCUGGUCAAGAUGUCCGAGGCGGCAGGAAACCUCAAUAGCCUCCGCAUGGCCAAUGUAGCCCUGCGAGAAGAAUUAAAUGCCCUGCGCGGGGAGAAUGCCAAUUUGGGCCUUCAGCUUGGAAGAGCCCUGGCCGAGGUUAAUUCUUUGCGAGGCAAUGUCUCGAGCUACAUCCGCUGGCCAGUACCCAUUGUGCCCGUCCUUGCGGAGGAGAACUUUGAGUUCCCGCUCAGUGAGAUCGACACCAUUCCCCAGGGAGAACUGCCCUUCUUGUGUUGGCCUCCCUCAACUCGCGUUGAGCCCGAGUAUGUCUCGGAUGAUCUUUUGAUUAACGUGAUUCAGGAUUGCAGCACCCCUGACGGGACCAUCGCGCCCCUUCCGGCAGUGCCCCCGCCCGCGUCAAAGGAGUCGCCCCCAGAGGCCCCUCUGCCGCCGCUACAGCGGCCUGAGUUAGAGCCGUUUUCAGGCGACCCAGUCUACCUCGCAGAAUUCUUGAUGCAGCUAGAGACCUUCAUAGCUGACCAUGAGGAUCAUUUCCCCGGGGGUGCCGAGCGGGUGGCCUUUCUGAUCUCCUUUUUCACUGGGGAAGCCGAGGACUGGGCCAUCUCAGUCACCCAGGAAGGAAGCCCCCUGCAUGCCAACUUCCCGGGCUUCCUGGAUGAAAUCCGUAAAAAAUUCUGUGGCCCCAUCCCCCCACGUGUGGCUAAGAAGGCCAUCCGCAAGCUCAAGCAGGGAGACUGUACCAUCGGCAGCUAUGCAGAUGCUUUUCAGUUCCUGGCCCAAUUCUUGUCUUGGGAUGACUGCCGCCUCCAAAAUCAAUUCCUCAAAGGCCUGUCAGAAUUCUUCCGCAAGGAGCUGUUAUGGUCAACUGAAAUGGCGGACUUGGAUGAAUUGAUCCUUGAAUGUGUGGAGAUAGAGAGAAAGGUACGUGCCCCCAAGCCAAUUCCGCUCCCUGGGGUUCGCAAUAUCCUCUUCCCUUUUGCUCCGAGCCAUAAUGAGGAUGAAAGUGAAGAUGAAGAGUACUACAGUGAGGAUGAAGAUCAACAGGCACAAAGACACAGGCUUCAUCCCAAAGACCAGCGGAGGCGCAUGAGGGCUUUUCAGCAGGAGAUGAGAGAGAAAGAGGAAGAGGAGAUGAAGGAGGAAGACAUGAGGAAAAAGGAGGAAGAGAAGGAGAUGAAACAGAAAGUGGAGGAGGAUAUGAGGAAGAUGAAUGAAGAUGAAGAGGAGGAUGAGGAGGAAGAUGAAGUUGAGGAUGGGGGCCAGAAACCAGAGCAGGAGCCCAGGCAGGAGCCAGAGAUGGUGGAGACCUAUGGUGAGGAGGAGGAGCCCCUGGAUGAAGCCCAAGAUGAUGACCUAGAUGACCUGAUGGAAAUGGAGCCUACCUUUGCCCACGCAUCAUCCCAGACUUCUGGCCCCAUAAGUGGCAAUUAUGCCGAAAAUUUCCUGGGUGCAUCACCUCCCAUAAUACAGGCUAGCAGAUGGAGGAACCAGAAUCGAGUCCCACUUCUGGAAGGCCUUCCAGGCACUAAUUCACCAUUCUAUAGCUCACCACCGCUGAUUCGCCGGGCUGGUCGUUUGGGGCAACGCCAAAUUCGAAGACGCCCCCCGGUGCUAUUCCGCCUUACUCCAAGACAGGGGGGCCACCGAGCUGCCCGUGGCCGAAUUCGAGUGUGAGUGGUGGGGCAAGAUGGCCACUUGGAACACACCCUUCUUCUGUGUCCCCUGUCCCUGCUGUUGCUGCCAUACCUGCCCCAUCUGCUGACCAGUACUUAAGGGAUUUCUAGACCUGCAGAACCUGAAGAAGACCUACAAACUCUAGACCAUCUUGCAACCAAGACUAGAGAGUGACAUGUGCCCAACCAGGGCCACUUGGGAAAGGAGGGAUCAGCAAUAGCUCCCUCUGUUCAGUCCUGCCACAGCUAGAGAGCAGGUUUCUGGGCCUGUUCCCAUAAAUGAACUGGUCACUCUCUUACAUUUUCCCUCUAAUUGUUCCUAACCAUCACCUCUCCUAUGUUUAUUUGCUCUAUGUUCUACAGUUUUAUCCUCUGACUGGCUUACCAGGACUUCACCCAGUGCCUCACUGAUCUGCCCCAGUGAUCCAAAGGACAGGCUACACUGAACUUCUAAAGCCACUGAGGCCAGUAACACUAGAUGUAAUGGACGGCGAGCAGGAUGAUAUUAAGAAAUGUACCUAGAAGCCUUCAGUCAUUUCAUGUCACACCUCCAGCAGAAGGGCCUGGUAGAGGACCCUGCAUCUAGUCCAGUGAGAGUGUGAAAAGCCACAUGUCAAGUGGAUAACUUGACUGAGAUUUGUCCUUGACUAAUUGUGCAAGCUGGUUCCAUUUCCAGCACUUGAGUUUACCUUUGCAUAGACUCUUGUAUUAGGGCUCCUGGGACCAGAUUGCCAAACCUGGGGCCCUCUCCUCUCCAAACCACACUGCAUCCCUGGUGGACAGUGUCCAACAUUGCAGGCUCUACCCCUUUCCUUGUUGUCUAAAGGGUAGGCAGUUGUGGGGUAAGGGAGGAGAAAGAAGUAGCAACAAUUCAGUUUACCGUUAUAAAGAGUAACUCUUUCCUGGUGGUCUCCUCCCCUAGCCAAGGCUUGGACUUUAGUUCCCAGUCAAAGGUCUUUGCAGGAGACUUUCCAUCCUUAGGGCUGCAGAGGGGGCCUAACUGGCCUUUCCUUCUGGGACAGCCAAAGAGGGAGGGCCUACAGCCUGUUCUUUAACUCCCUUUGACUUAAAGGAUUCCAUAGUUCUGAGAGGAGAGAGAAAGGUUGGCUUUGAAGAGACUGCAUCCACUGCAGCCUCAUACCUGGGACACCCUUGUGUGUCUCACAGGAGAGUCAACCCUUGGCCUCCUGCUGUGCUUUGAUUAAACAGUGAGGCAUAAGAGGGUGACUGCCUCCUAGGAGUUCCUAGGACUUCUGGGUACAAACCCAGGUGCCUUUAAAAAGAGAUCUGCUGCUUGCCUUUGGGUCCAGAAAACACUGCUUCUACGAUGAAAAAUACACAUUUGCUAUGUCAGCUCUGGCCACAAAAUGCCAGCCAAAUCCACUAUUGGCCUGAAUUGCCCCGGACACUGAACUUUCUGCACAGUGCCUGGCAGCUAGGCAGGUGCAGCCAAAGUGUCUGGCUAGAGGGAAGGAAACAUCAAACCUCUGUUCCUCACUGGAAUGUGAAAGAUAACUUCAGCCAGCCUUACGAUUUGGGCCUGGUGGUAAGAGGAAGGAGUUGGAGGAAGAGGAGUCACAGAGAAACCCAGUCUUCUGACUGGUUUCUGGUGAGGUCUCUAUUCAUCACUGGGAGCUUUAUUUUCCCAGAAGAGCAUUCCAGAAGAGGAGUUGCUGUUCUUCAAGGCUGUGGACCCUAUUUACUGAUGGCCAACACACUGUCCCUGCUGUCCCACAUCCCUGUGGAAGAGUAUGAAGGAUGGGUACCUUGUACCCCUACUUCCAGGGAGCCCUCAUGCCUGUUUGCAUGGUGCUUCUCACCCUGAACCCUUGGAGCCUCAGCCAGGGACAGAGAAGAUGAGCAGUGAGCUGGUUUCUGGCCCUCUGGGGGCAGGAGGGGCUUGGAUUUCCCUUUGACCCUCUUCCCCCUUUCCAAGAUCUUCAAUAUUUGUUGUGAUGUAAGAGCUGUAAGAGGAACUAUGGGUUUGGGGCAAACUUUCUUGGGUUGAAAGAGGGGUGGGAGGAGGGGAUGCAUGCAAGGGUAUGAAGGCAGCCCAAGGACUCCCAGAGGCUCUGGAGGUAACUCAGAGAUAAAUGUGUUACUGUUGCAUUACUGUGUUGUGAAAAUAAGACAUUGCUCUGUAUGCUAAAGCUUUCUUUCCUCAAUAAAAAUAUAAAGGGUGUGUAAA